AAUGCCAACGCUGAAUUUACAGGAAGAAAAGCUGAAGACAGUCAUUACUGAGCAGCACAGAUUUAUUUACUGCAUUUUUUCAAGCAGCUCGACCUGUUCCAAUAUGAUGAAAUAUAACUUUGGGAUAUUUUGAAGGAAGCCUGGAAGAUUGAUUAUUUUUCUUUUUUUUUUUUUUUUUAUUGAUGAAGACUUCGGCCAAUUCUGAAGAGCUAAAGGCAGGAUUUUGAAAAUAUGCAGCAAACAGUGUAGACACAUGCACACAAACACACACACACAUACACAUUCCUCUGCUGUAUUCACCGGCACAUGCAACCACACACUCCCAUCACACACACACAAACAUAAAAUCAACCUGACUGAUUCUUUUUGCACUUAAUCGCACACAUACACCCACGAGGCGAGGAUGUGGUCGUGCAUAACCGACUUCUUCACCUAUGAGACCACCAAGUCCGUGGUGGUGAAGAGCUGGACCAUCGGCAUCAUCAACCGAGUCGUUCAGCUGCUCAUCAUCACUUACUUCAUCGGGUGGGUGUUUCUCCAUGAGAAGGCUUACCAAAUAAGAGACACGGCUAUAGAGUCCUCGGUGAUGACCAAGGUCAAAGGAUUUGGAAUCUACAACAACAGGGUCAUGGAUGUCGCAGACUAUGUCACUCCUCCACAGGGAGGCUCAAUGUUCUGCAUCAUCACCAAACUGAUCACUACAGAGAACCAAGUACAAAGCUACUGUCCUGAGAGUGAAACGAAGUACAGGUGUACCCAUGACAACAAUUGCACACGGCACCUCAACAAGCCAGGAGGAUAUGGAGUUCCCACAGGCAGAUGUGUCCGAUUUAACGACACCAUGAAGACAUGUGAGAUCAGAGGGUGGUGUCCUGCCGAGAUAGACUACCUCAAAACUGAACCAAUGAUGGAGGUGGAAAAUUUCACCAUCUUCAUCAAGAACAGCAUCCGUUUCCCACUCUUCAACUACACCAAAGGAAACUUCCUCCCCACCAUCACACAGAACUACAUCAGGACAUGUAACUUUGACAUGGUCAACCACACCUACUGCCCCAUUUUCAGAGUGGGAGAUGUGAUCCGCUACGCGCAGCAGAACUUCACUACACUGGCACACAAGGGAGGAGUGAUAGGGAUCAAGAUUGGAUGGAUGUGUGAUCUGGACAAGGCGGACGACCAGUGUAACCCCUCGUACUCCUUCACCCGGCUGGAUGCCGCGUCCGAGAAGAACGCCGUCUCCCCCGGCUACAAUUUCAGGUUUGCCAAGUAUUACAAAAUGGACAACGGGACAGACUACCGCACGCUGGUCAAAGCCUUCGCCAUCAGAUUUGAUGUCCUGGUCAAUGGAAAUGCAGGGAAAUUCAACAUGAUCCCAACACUCAUCAAUAUGGUGGCAGCCUUCACAUCAGUGGGAGUGGGCACGGUGCUGUGCGAUAUCAUACUGCUGAACUUCCUGAAAGGGGCAGAACAGUACAAGGCCAAGAAAUUUGAGGAGGUGUCGGAUGCUGAACUGGAUACCAAUAUCAGAGGUCUGUACCGCUCCAACCUGUCAGUCAGACAUGAUGAGAAACUCUCCACUGACUCCGGGGCUUUUUCUCUUGGACAGUACAGCUAAUGGACAGGGGCGACAGG